AUGGAGGCCUUCUCGGGAAUGCUGAAUCAGGCAUGUGAUAUAGGUGCUUUUCAUGGGGUCAAGCUUCCUAAUGAUGGUCCGGCUAUGUCUCAUUUUCUUUCGGAUGAUGCUAUGAUUAUGGGGGAGUGGUCGUCGUUUAAUUUCACUAAUAUGAAGCGUAUUUUGCGUAUCUUUUAUUUAUGUUCAGGUCUUAAGAUCAAUCUCCACAAAUUAGUGCUUUAUGGAGUGGGAGUGGAAGACGCAGAUGUUGUGGGUAUGGCAGAGACUUUAGGAUGCAAGCAGGGUGCAUUGCCAUUUUCGUAUUUGGGCAUCAAGGUUGGGGCAAAUAUGAAUAGAGUGUCGAACUGGGAACCAGUGGUGUCUUCGUUUAAGCGGCGACUUUCGAAAUGGAAAGCUAAUACCCUUUCUAUUGCCGGACGUUUAACUUUGAUAAAGUCGGUGUUGGAUAGUCUACCAACAUAUUACUUUUCCCUUUUCAAGGCGCCUAAGAAGGUUAUUGGUGAGCUAGAAGGUCUAAUGAGACGCUUUCUUUGGGGAGGCACGGAGGAUGUCCGAAAGAUGAGUUGGGUUUCGUGGGAGAUUGUUACUAAACGUAUUAAAGACGGUGGGUUGGGGAUAGCGCCUCUUGAGGUCAAUAAUAAUGCGAUGUUAGUCAAGUGGUUGUGGAGGUUUCUUAAUGAACCUAAUGCAUUAUGGAGAAGAGUAGUCGUUUCCAUUCAUGGCUCUUCUAGGGGUUGGGGUAUUGCGCCUAUUAACAAUGCCAUUCCGGGCGUUUAG